CGUUCCUGUCCCCGCUCCGCCUGUCGCUCCGUUCCUGCCCCGCUCCGCCUGUCGCUCCCCGCUGCCGCCCCCGUCCCGUUCCCCGCGGUGUCGCCGCCCGCCGGGUCCCGCGGGAGCCGGGGCAGGGAGGCCGCGGCCCGGGGCAGGGAGGCAGCAGCCCGGGGCAGGGAGGCAGCGGCCCGGGGACUCCAGCCCCGGGAGCAGACUCUGGGCUCGGCCGGAGCGGGGCCGGGAGCCUGGGGCUGCGGCUGCAGCGGGAGCCUGGGGCUGCGGGUCGCCCGGAGCAUCCCGCUCCCCGGGGCUGUCACCCCAACACGCUGCCCGCAGGACUCCCCUCUGCCGCCCCCGAAGCCCUGCUGAGCCAUGGAGGGAGAUUCCCCCCUGCGCCUCCGCGUCUUCAGCCUCAACUGCUGGGCCAUCCGCUACCUGAGCAAGCGGCGGCAGGAGCGCGUGCGGCUCAUCGGGGACACGCUGCAGCGGGACAGCUUCGACCUGGUGCUUCUCCAGGAGGUGUGGAGUGAGCAGGACUACAGCCACCUGAAGGCCAGGCUGGGGGGCUGUUACCCCUUCUGCCAUUACUUUCGCAGCGGCGUGAUCGGCAGCGGCCUCUGCGUCUUCUCCAGGUUCCCCAUCCUGGACACCCUCCUAUACCAGUACUCACUGAAUGGGUACCCCUACAUGCUCCAGCACGGAGACUGGUUCUGCGGCAAGUCCGUCGGGCUCGUCGUCACUGAGAUCUCUGGGAUCACCUUCAACGUCUAUGUCACCCAUCUGCACGCUGAGUACUGCCGGGAGAAGGAUGCCUACCUGCCCCACCGCCUGGUGCAGGCCUGGGAGCUGGCACAGUUCAUCCGACACACCUCGAAGGCAGCUGACGUGGUGCUGCUGGGAGGGGACCUGAACAUGCACCCCCAGGACGUCGGCGUCCGGCUGCUGCGCGGCUGCACGGGGCUGCAGGACGCCUUCGCCGAGGCUGCGCGCUUUGAGGGCUGUGAGGAUGGCUGCACCCUCAUCCCCAACAACUGCUUCACUGCCAAGGCAGAGCUGCUGCCCUUCCCGCUGGGCAUCCGCAUCGACUACAUCCUCUACAAGGCUGUCUCCAGCUUCACAGUUAAGUGUGAAGAGCUGAAGACCACCACAGGGACAGCCCCGGGCAUGGACAUCCCUUUCUCAGACCACGAAGCCGUGAUGGCAACGCUGCACAUCCAGAGGCAGGGACUGGCUGUGGGUGCCACCCUUGGCACAGCUGAGGCCGCUCUGGCAGACGUGGUGACCGAGGCGCGGGCAGAGGUGUGCGUGGGGCUGCAGGCAGCGCGGCAGCAGCGCUUCUCCACGGGCAGGAUGGCUGUGCUGGCCCUGCUGCUGCUGCUGCUGCAGGCAGUGGCCAUGCUGGCUGUGCUGGCAGGGCUGGCAGCUGGGCAACCCUUCCCCAAGCUCUCCUUCUCCCUCCUGGCCUUCCUGGCCGUCGGCAUCCUCCUCCUCGCCACCGGCCUCCACCUGUUCCACACGAUGGAGGUGAAGAUGCUGCAGGGCACCGAGGAGCAGAUGCGGCUGCUGCAGCGGCUGCUGCAGGAGCGGCCCAGCCACAGCUGAACUGGGGCUGCAGCUGUCCCACCGUGUCCCUCCAGCCCCAUCUUCGCUCCUUUCAGUCCCUUUUUCUAGCUGACAUCUGGUUUUAGGCCACUGUGGCUGCUUUGGGCCGACAGCUGCCUCUCUGGGUGAAGCGUGUGGGGCAGGUUUGUCACAUUGGCCCUCGUGGAAAGCAAAACAGAGGCAGGUUUUAAUUGCUGGGGGUUUUAAUACACCUUUUCUACCUGGAGGGACCCACCAGUGUGGCCAGGGAAGCUCAAGAGGCUCAGCCUCCCCUUGCCUGAGGUGGCUUUGGGGGCUCCUGGUGAAACCUGGCAGCUGCUCCAGCAACCAGACUUGACUUGGAUAGAAAAUAAAGGCAGAGUUUUAGCCCUUGG